GGCUCGGCCACGGGUCGCGACUUCAGCUGCAGGGGGUUGACAGGCGGUGCGGCUGCGCCAACUCUGGCUCCUCCCACCCACCCGGAGCCUUAAGCCCCGCCUCGCCCUCGCGGCCGGGGAACCCAGGCCUGCACCGGGUAGUUUAACAUGGGUGCCUCCAGCUCCUCGGCUCUGGCUCGCCUCGGCCUCCCCGGGCAGCCGCGGUCCACCUGGCUCGGCGUCGCCGCGCUAGGACUGGCCGCGGUGGCGCUGGGGACCGUGGCCUGGCGUCGCGUGCGUCCCCGGCGGCGCCGGCGGCUGCAGCAGGUGGGGACUGUGUCGAAGGUCUGGAUCUACCCGAUCAAGUCCUGCAAGGGGGUGUCGGUGUGCGAGACCGAGUGCACGGCCAUGGGGCUGCGCUGCGGCAAAGUGCGCGACAGGUUUUGGAUGGUGGUUAAGGAAGAUGGACACAUGGUCACUGCCCGCCAGGAGCCUCGCCUUGUGCUGGUCUCCAUCACCUUGGAGAACAAUUUUCUGACCCUCGAAGCUCCAGGCAUGGACCAGAUGGUUUUGCCUAUCAAGCUACCUUCUUCGAAUAAGAUCCACGACUGCAGGCUAUUUGGUCUUGACAUUAAAGGCAGAGAUUGCGGCGAUGAGGUAGCGCAGUGGUUCACCAACUACCUGAAGACAGAACCCUACAGGCUGGUUCAGUUUGAUACUAGCAUGAAUGGGAGGACAACAAAGAAGCUUUACCCUUCGGAAGAUUACCUUCAGAAAUAUGAGGUAGCCUACCCAGACUGCAGCCCUAUCCACAUGAUUUCUGAAGCCUCCUUAGUCGAUCUCAACACCAGACUGAAGAAGAAAGUGAAGAUGGAAUAUUUCAGGCCAAACAUCGUGGUGUCAGGCUGCGAGGCUUUUGAGGAGGAUACUUGGGGUGAACUCCUAAUUGGUGAUGUAGAGAUGAAAAGGGUGUUGAGCUGCCCCAGGUGCAUUUUGACUACAGUGGACCCAGACACUGGGAUCAUAGACAGGAAGGAGCCACUGGAAACCCUGAAGAGCUACCGCCAGUGUGACCCUUCUGUGAAGAGUUUGUACCAGACGGCCCCACUUUUUGGGAUGUAUUUCUCAGUGGAAAGAAUUGGAAACCUGAGAGUCGGCGACCCUGUGUAUCAGAUGGUGGAUUAGUGGACCCAGUCGGGUGACAUGCUUCCAGGUCCUAGGAGAUACUCCUGCGAGUCCUAACUGCCAGCCACGACCGUCUUCCUGAAAACGAACCUCCACUUUUCCUUCAGAGCUUCAGAUGCCCUGAGUUAAUUUGAGAAAGUACCAGAGGUGGUUUGAGAAUGUGAGGGUGAAUAAAUUUUAGAUAGUGCUGCUUUUAAAAAUAAAUAAAAUUGUGUGUAUGAUGAUUCUGAAUGUUA